AUGAAGAGUUUCACACUAAUACUCGUUCUCGCCGCCGUCACUUUUGCUUCUGCUACACUGCAAAGUAGAUCCGACAUCACAAAUUCUCGGUUACAAAGUAGAUCUAGUGGAGGCGUUUGCGCAAGUGGACAGUUUCUGUGUCAAGAUAAUGAUGGCAAAUGCUGUCCCAAUGGCACUCAGUGUAUUGCCAAGAAAAGGUGUUCGGAUGGUAAUGAUCGCUUUGACACUCUAGAUGAUAAUAAUAAUAAUGAUUCUAAUUCUCCCAAUGGAAGUGGAAAUAAUGGUGAACUUGGCACUAGCGGUUCUUCCAGUAUUGUUAAAACUCAAACAACUCAGUUGCAAUUAUUCACCACGUUUUUGACAACGACUACCACUAUCUCAAUUAUCUGUCUGUUUAUGUACAACUGA